GAUGGGGGCGAGAACGCGGGAGGUUGCUGGGGGUGGGUCUGACCUGGACCCAGCCUGCAGUGCCAGGGGAAGAGGAAGUCCCAGGCUGUCCCCGUCUCCCGCAGCCCAGCCAGGACUAGCAACUGAUGCAGGCGCAGAUGCCCCCGUCAGUCACUAACUAGCCUGGGCUGGACACCGCUGCACAGAGUCUCGGUGUCACUGCCCCCCCCCCCCAACAAGGCUAACGGGGGAGGAGAAAUUUGGGCGCCUCUCCCCGCCACCUCUGCACGAAUCCAGUCUGGGGGCUUGCUCUGCGGGGCUGGGACUAGCCCCCGGGCCCGGCUCUGCCGGCAUCAACUCCGGGCCGGAGACCCAGGGAGAACACCUGGGAUGAAUGGAGAAUGUGAAAUGGACAAAACCCCUUCUGAAAUCACUCCAACUGCCCUUCUCGCCCUGACAGGCUGCAGAAUAACAUCCACAUUUUGCUCCGGAUCAUCUCAUCCUCCCAGGGGAAAGGAAAUGGCGUCAGUGGAGCCGGCUCAGGGGCCUGUGACCUUUGAAGAGCUGGCUGUGUACUUCACGGAGGGGGAAUGGGCUCUGCUAGACCCUGCUCAGAGAGCCCUCUACAGGGAGGUCAUGCAGGAGAACUAUGCCACUGUGGCCUCACUGGGGUUUCCAGUUUCCAAACCUGAUGUGAUCUUCCAGCUGGAACGAGGGGAAGAGCCAUGGGUGCCAGAUCUCCAGGGUUCUGAAGAAAGAGAGCUCCAGAAAGGUGCCCAGACAGGUAAUUGGAUGGUGAGUGAGAACGAGGAGCAGAAUCCACAGCAGGUUGAUGCUGAGCAACUGGAACCACAUGGGACAUUAGCAGGAAGAUGCAAAGAGAAAGUUUCUGGGAGCUGUGGAGAGGCUAAAGCCUGUGAGGGUCAGCAUAGGCCAGAGAAAACCUUCAGUAGCUGCUCAGACCUUAUUAGACAUGAAAGAAUCAACAUGGAAGAGAGACCCUACACAUGCUAUUAUUGUGAGAAAAGCUUCAACCACAGCUCAAACCUCAGCAGACAUCGGAGAGUCCACACAGGAGAGCGACCAUACACAUGCGCUGAGUGUGAGAAAAGCUUCAUUCGGCGCUCACACCUUAUCACACAUCAGCGAAUCCACACAGGAGAGCGAUCCUUCACAUGCCCUGAGUGCGGGAAAAGUUUUAGACAGGACUCAGCUUUUAUGAGACAUAAGAGAACCCACACAGGCAAUGGGAUGGUGAGUGAAAACAAGAAGAAGACCUCCUGCCAGGAAGAUGCUGAGCAAGUAGAACCACAUGGGACAUUAGCAGGAAGAUCCAAAGGGAAAGUUUCUUGGAGUUUUGCAGAGGCUAAAGCCUGUGAGAGUCAGCAUAGGCCAGAGAAAACCUUCAGCAGUGGCUCAGACCUUAUUAGACAUGAUAGAAUCAACACGGGAGAGAAACCCUACAUGUGCUCUGAGUGCGGGAAACAUUUCACUCGGCGCUCAGACCUUAUCACACAUCAAAGAAUCCACACCGGAGAGCGACCUUACACAUGCUCUGAUUGUGGGAAAAGCUUCAAUCGAAGCUCAAACCUUAUCAUACAUGAGAGAAUCCACACUGGAGAGCGACCCUACAAGUGUUUUGAGUGUGGGAAAAGCUUCAGUGAGAGCUCACACCUUAUCAGACAUCAGAGAAUUCACACAGGAGAGCGUCCCUACAAGUGUUCUGAGUGCGGGAAAAGCUUCAGUGUGACUUCACACCUCAUUAGACAUCAGCGAAUCCACACAGGAGGGGGAUUCUUGACAUGCUCUGACUGCGGGAAAAGUUACAAAGACAGCUCAUACUUCAUCAGACACCGGAGAGUCCACACAGGAGAGACAUCCUACAAGUGCUCUGAGUGCGGGAAAAGCUUCAUCAAGCGCUCACACCUUAUCACACAUCAGAGAAUCCACACAGGAGAGGGCUCCUUCACAUGCCCUGAGUGCGGGAAAAGCUUCAAAGUCAGUGCAUACCUCAUCAGACAUCGGAGAGUCCAUACUGGAGAGAGACCCUACAGAUGCCUUGAGUGUGGGAAAAGCUUUCGUUGGAGCUCAGGUUUUAUCCGACAUAAGAGAAUCCACACAGGUGAUGGGAUGGUGAGUGAGAACAAGAAGACGACUCUCAAGAAGGAAAAUACUGAGGAAGUAGAGCCACAUGGGAUUUUAGCAGAAAGAUCCAAAGGGAAAGAUUCUUUGAGUCGUGCAGAGGCAAAAACCUUUGAGAGUCAGCGUAGGCCCAAUAAAAGCUUCAGUAGCUGCUCAAACCUUAUUAGCCAUGAAAAAAUCAACACAGGAGAGAGACCCUGUACAUGCUGUGAGUGCGGGAAAUGCUUCAAUCAGCGCUCAAGCCUUAUCAUACAUCAGAGAAUCCAUACAGGAGAGCGACCCUACUCAUGCGCUGAGUGUGGGAAAAGCUUCAAUGUGAGCUCACACCUUAUCAGACAUGGGCGAGUCCACACUGGAGAGAGACCCUACACAUGCUUUGAGUGUGGGAAAAGCUUUCGUUGGAGCUCAGCCUUCAUCAUACAUAAGAGAAUCCACACAGGAGAGCGACCCUACACAUGCUCUGAUUGUGGGAAAAGCCUCAAUGGAAGAUUACAGCUCAUUACACACCAGAGAAUACACACAGGAGAGCGACCCUACACGUGUUCUGAGUGUGGGAAAAGCUUCAAUGUGAGCUCAACCCUCAUCACACAUCAGAGAGUCCAUACAGGAGAGAGAUCCUUCACAUGCUCUGAGUGCGGGAAAAGCUUCAAACACAGAUCAAACCUGACAGCACAUCGGAGAGUCCACACUGGAGAGAGACCCUACACAUGCUUUGAAUGCCAUAAAAGUUUUAGUCAGAGCUCACACCUUAUAUCACAUCAGAGAAUCCACACAGGAGAACGACCCUACUCGUGCUCUGAAUGUGGGAAAAGAUUUAGUGAGAGGAAAACCCUCAUCACACAUCAGAGAAUCCACACAGUAAAGAGACCCUUCACAUGCCCUGAGUGCAGCAAAAGUUUUAGACAGAGGUCAGCUUUUAUCAGACAUCAGAGAAUCCACACAGGCAAGUAAUGCCAUAAACCUCUUGACUAGAGCUGGCCAAAGAUUUUUUGUAAAAUAAUUCCCAAGUAAUUUGCACCAUUUUGUUCAGUGUGGUCUCUCAGCUCCACGUGAGUUGCCUGCCUCUGUCUUUUGCCCCUUCUCUUUUGGGGUGAAUCCCAUCAUCCUUUAUCAACUCCUUUGUCUGCUAUCACCUGGAACUGUGCCCCCCUCCUGCCAGAAAUAUUCAUCAGCACCAGAUGGGGGAGAUGGGUUUGACCUUGACUAGCUACACUGAAGUAAAAACUACCUGUGCCUUGUCUCCACUGGGAUUGUACAUGGAUGUAGCUGCUCAGCUUAGUGAUCUUGUAACAACACAACUACAUUUGCAGUGCCGACAUAACCUAGGUACAGUGGAUGGGGUUAUUUUUCUCCUUGACCUGAGCUCACCCGCAUCAUUUUUCCUAGUCUAGACAAACCCCAAGCAUCACGUCGAUACCAUUCCCCCAUUACAAAGUGAUUCCUUGCCCCUUGGGGACAGAUUGUCUCAAUCCCAGUUGUUCUCACCUUGUUUAGGGUUGUGCUGGACAAAAGUAUUUUUUCUACCAUUUUCCUCAAUUAAAAUAGAUUGAAAUAGAACAAAGAGCAGGGGUAGGAAAAAUGUGUAAUUUCAGCCUCUGUGACACCCAAAGGAUCAAAGGGAUUCCCUCUUUCCCCAUCACUGUCACAAUCCCCGCUUGCCCCAGCAGCAUUAGCUUCUGUGUAAGCCAUAAUAGCGUUUAUCCUCCCCACGUUCUACCCGUGCACCUCCCAGUGUGUCACGUGAUGCCAUGAUCUGCAUGCUCCCUGUGCUUAGGUAUCACACUUUGAUCCUAAAUCAGGGUCAUUGGGGCUAGAUGUGAAAUUGUCAAGACCUGGCGGGGGAAUUUGAAUGGAUCCCAAACAUAGAGUAAUCAUUCUGUGCUUUCAUUUCUGCUUCCGGCAAAGCUGCUUCUGGGCUUUUUCCUGCUGAGCUGGGAUUGUUGCAGGUGGGAAAUUUGGCUGCUUUCCCCCCUUGUGAUGAAGCUAAAUCUUUUGUACAUAACAUGACUCAAUAAUAAUGAGAUGGCACUGAGUGAAGAGAGUUUGAAUGGCUCAGAGGAGAACACAUUGGGAAAAUCUAUUUUGAGUUUGAGUUAUCAGACAUACCCUGUUCUGAAAUUUCAUUUUAUAUGAAACUGAAAGUGUCUUCUACCCCUCUGUGUUGUGGAUUUUUCUCUCUCUCCUGAAGGUGAUUUGGUCUCAUAAUUGGAUAUUACUUUUGUUUGACAGAAUGUACCUCAGAUUUUUUGGGGACUUUGAGACAAAUGACCGUUUGCUAAAUUGAUAUCUUAUUUUCUGUGGCUCUUUCCCCCACUCCUCCAUCAUGAUAUGGAGGAAGUUCAAGUGUAGUUCAGCCAGCGGGAAAGAAUACUCCAAGCUAUUUGGUGUGCUACCUAGGAACAGGUAGCAUUUUAAUAUUUCUAUUCUGAAACAGUAAACAACGGCAUACCACAAAUUGUAGAACUAAUUGAAGUAACUGGACACGAUCACACUUGUUGUGGGUGCAAUGUAAAUUAAAAAAAAGAUCUGUCCAAUAACUAGGUUUAAUCAAUUUAUUAGUGAGGUUUUUAUUACAAAGAUUAAUACAGCAUAAUACAGAAAGGAAGAGUACCUACAUUACCAGUCCCUGUGGAAGACAGGAGUUGGGAGUGUGUCCUUCUCCUGCCAGAAAUAUCCAUCAGCACCACGUACGAGAGAUAGUGUUGACCUUGACUAGCUACACUGAGGUAAAAACAGCCUGUGUCUUGUCUCCACUGGGAUUGUAUAUGGAAGUAGAUGCUCAGCAAUCUUGUUGUAACAACAUGACUACAUUUACAGUGCAGACAUAACCCGGGUACAGUGUUCUGGGGUUAGCUUUCCGCUUGGCCUGAUCUCACCUCCGUCAUUUUUCCUACCCUAGACAAACUAUGAGCAUCACAUUGAUACCAUUCCCCCAUUACAAAGUGAUUGUUAGUCAUCGAGUUCCCCUUUGGGGACAGAUUGUCUCAAUCCAAGUUGUUCUCACUUUGGUCUGGGUUGUGCUGGACAGAAGUAUUUUUUCUACCAUUUUCCUCAUGUAUAGUAGAUUGAAAUAGAACAAAGAGCAGGAGCGGGGUAGGAAAAAUGUGUCAUUUCAGCCUCGGGUGACACCCAAAGGAAAUGGGGUGAGUCAAACGGAUUCCCUCCUUCCCCAUCACUGUCACAAUCCGCCCUCGCCCCAGCAGCAUUAGCUUGAUUGAAUUAGCCUUGUCAUCACUGGUUCUCCACUUGUAAGGUAUCUCCCUUCUCUUCAUGUGCCAGUAUAUUUAUGCUUGUAUCUGUAACUUUCACUCCAUGCAUCUGAAGAAGUGUUUUUUACCCACGAAAGCUUAUGCCCAAAUAAAUCUGUUAGUCUUUAAGUUGCCACCGGAAUCCUCAUGGUUUUUGUGGAUACAGACUAACACGGCUACCCCCGAUACUAAAUCUUUUGUAUAUAACAUGACUCAAUAAUAAUGAGAUGGCACAGAGUGAAGAAAGUUUGAAUGGACCAGAGGAGAACACAAUGGGAGAAUCUGUUUUGAUUUUGAGUUAUCCGAUAUAAGCUGCUCUGGAAUUUCAUUUUAUAUGAAACUGAAAAUGUCUGCUACCCUUCUGUGGUAUUCCUAACCAUCGUAAGCCUCCCUCUGUCAAACUCCUGUCUGCAGCCCCCUGUCCGCUGAAAGGGUUGUUUAAGCGAGAAGUUUUGAAUGUAGUUGGUUUAUAGGUUUUAAGGGGAAUAAAGGGAAAACAGAUAGAACUGGCAAGGGACCCUCGCCCCCUUCCUGCUCCCCUUCCAAACUCCCUUGCGAAACUCCCUGUUAGCAGCCCCUGUUCCCCCCGGCGCUGUUUGGCUCUGCAUCUUAACUGGCAGCGAGAGGCACAGCAUUGGUCCCUGAGGGAGGAGUCCUCCUUGGAGUUGGAAGGGGACCUUGGUUCCUGUUCCCAGAGGAACUGGGUUGGCCCACACACCAGACAGUAGUACCAGCCUUGCAGCGGAUGUCUUGCCACAAGUUCAGUGGCCAUUUCAUUGGCUGUACUGGAACCCAUGGAGGCUCCCUAUGAUGCUGGGACCAUACUCCCCGCAAUCGUCCAUAGCCGUGUUGGGAAAGUGAACCAUCCCCCACCCCCACCUCAGUACAGGAACCGGAUUCGGUUUCUGACGUGGGUAUCGAGGUACAGGCUUCGACUCAAGGGGAAGCCUCUCCAGUGGAGGAAGGGGCACCUGUACCCCACCGAGUGUUACCAUCGUCCUCGUCGUCCCCGGACGAGGUGGUCACCAGGCCUGCUCACCCGCUCCCUCCAGAUGACUUUAGGGCCCAUCAGGAUAUUUUGAAGAGGGUGACCUCAAACUUGGGGUUAGAGGCGGAGGAACUCACUGAGCCCUUGGACAGCCUCUUGGAUAUUUUGGCCGUUGCGGUGCCAUCUAGGGUGGCACUCCCGGUGCAUGAUGGGGUGCUGAAAGUAGUAGAGGCUCCCUGUCCAACACUUUCCUGCUCCCUUGGAUGAGAACCCUGCUGUACGCUUUCCCACCGAUACUCCUGGUUCACAAGAUCCUACUGAAGAUCUAGAGGGAAAAAGUGAAGGGCAUCCUGGUGGCUCCGGCAUGGCCUCGCCAGCACUGGUUCGGCAUGCUUUUGGAUGUGCGCAGACUCCAGUCAAAGUACCCACAUCCCUUGUCUCCCCUCCCCACCAAAAAAUUGUGGCCAUUCUAGUUCCAGGACUGUGGUGCACUUUGGGAAAAUUUACUGCCCACCCUGCAUGUUACCAGGAAGCAGCUCGCUUUGCCAAAGGCUUGAUGGGUUCGCUCUCCUUUGCACACCCAGGAGAGACUCUGAUAGUGUGCUUACAGAUCAGUAGUCAGAAGCGAAUGGGUUAAUGCUGACCUGAGCAGCUGCCAUUUGCAAAGGGGGGAAGGCUUCUGCUUUCAGUAGAGUGGAUUGCAGAUUGUUGGGGGAGAGAGAACUAAGGAAUUUGUCCCAUGGAAUUGUGGGAUACUUCCAGCUGACUCCUGGGAUCCCAGUCAAGCGGGGCUGCAUCUACACUGCAAAGCAAUGGGGCUCAGACCCUGGAUCUCAGCUUAACUUGCGCUUGGGCCCUCCAGCCUUGCAGGGUCCUGGGACCCUGGGUUAGCACAAUUGCAGUGUAGAUGCAAAAGGGGUUAGGCUUGAGCCUGGGUUCAAUCACGGUCUUAUGUUGCCGUAUAGACACACCCCAGAGACAAAUGAACUCUUAGAAAUGGAAGGCACCUGUGUUAGUGGAGAACAGAGCAUUACACAGGGCUCAUUGGUGGAAAUGAGGAUUGAGAGAAAACUAACCAAUAUGAUAAGAUUUUGUAAUCUUUGAAUAUGUUGUUGUUACCAGUGAUAAUGGAAUUAAACAUGAUGUUAAUCAUUACAGAAUAAGAGACUGAUUAUGUGAUAACCGGAAUUCUAUUGUAAGACUGCAAAUUAUAUUGGUUUUUAUUUCUUUUCUUUCUUUUUUUGUUUUUUGUGAGCCUGGGUGUGUGGGACUCGAGUCUGCAGGCUCAGUGUGUCUAAGCCUGUGCUGGAGAGUCCACACUGAACGGUGACCCUGGGUUUAGAGUUUCAAGACCCGAGUCUCACACCAGCGCUCACGUGCCCACAGUGCACUGCGCAGACCCAGUCAAAUCAGCCUCUCCCAGGCUUCCUAGCGCUCUCCCAGCUGUAGCCUCUUCAGCCCUUUGUUCCUUGUGCACCAUGGAAACACUUGAGUGUCCCUCUCGCAGCACUUUAUCAGUAGUUGUCUCACCCGCCAAUACAGCCAGCCAAGCUGUGUUUUGGGUCUGCAAGCUGCCGUCAGCUGGACCCAGCAACAUGCGUGAGGCCCCAUUUGAAGAAUUUGCCAUGCUUGCAUUUUCACUCCUGUUUCAUAAAGUGGGCAGAACAUACGUGAGAUGCUGGUGGCAGAUUCCGAGCUAUUGAAGGCUUCUGUCAGAGGAGGAAGAUACACGUCAACUGGCUGAUGCUGCUCAUGAUUCUUGGUAUAGCUGCUGAUGCUCCCUAUGUAGUCCUGCACCUGUGAAGAAGGGCCACAGGCACAGACUGGUGGGAUCACAUUGUUAUGCAGACCUGGGAUGACCAGCUGUGGCUGCAGAACUUUCAUAUGCAAAAAGUAAUGUUUCUGGAGCUUUGUGAGGAGCUUGCCCUGACUUUGCAGUGUCAAGACACAUACAAGUGGGUGGCGAAGUUGGUCCAGAAGUGGAUUGCUAUAAUCAUCUGGAAGCUGUGCACUCCUGACUGCUGCAGGUCCACUGCUAACCAGUUUGGUCUUGGCAAAUUAACUGUGGGGGCAGAGGUUUCUGCGGCAGUCAGGCAUGCGAUUUGAGACUGGCCAUACUGGGUCAGACCAAUGGUCCAUCUAACCCAGUAUCCUGUCUUCCAACAGCAGUCAAUGGGCAACCAUUAAGUGAUCCAUCCCUUGUUGUCCAAUCCCAGCAUCUGGCUGUCAGAGGCUUUGGGACACCGAGAGCAUGGGGUUGCAUCCCUGACCAUCUUGACUAAUAGCAGUUGAUAGACCCAUCCGCUAUCAAUUUAUUUAAUUCUUUUUUGAACCCUGUUACAGUCUUAUCCUUCACAUCAUCCCCUGGCAACAAGUUUCACAGGUUCGCUGUGUGGGGGGUGAGGAAGUACAGCAGAACCCUGUUCAUCCAAUCUAAUUGGGCCACAUUAGAUAAUCAAAAAUUGGAUAAUCUGGAGAAUGGGAAUGUGUGAGGAUGCAUCAUCAUCUAGCAGCCACAGGAGAAAUCACCUGCUUUUGGACCUGCAUGCACUGGUUGUUCAGUUAAUACGGAUAAUGGAGGUUCAGAUAAAUGGGGUUCUACUGUACUGCCUUUUGUUUGUUUUAGACCUACUGCCUAUUAAUUUCAUUGGUGACUUCGGGUUCUUGUGUUAUGACAAGGGAUAAAUAACACUUCUUUAUUUACUUUCUCCACACCAUUCAUGAACUUAUAGACCUCUAUCAUAUGCCCUCUUAGUCAUCACUUUUCAUAAGAACAUAGAAUGGGCAUACUGGGUCAGACCAAAGGUCCAUUCAGCCCAGUAUCCUGUCUGCUGACAGUGGCCAAUGCCAGGUGCCCC